AUGUAUGGCAGCUGCGAGCAUACCAAGGUCACGACCAGUAGUGCUCUCAUGGUGGAAGAAGGUGUCCCUGUGUCGAAGCAGUGGCCCAUUCAGAUAUGCAGCAAUUUGGCGAUUUUGGAGGUUUUAUGGGUGAAGGGGGAUAUGAAGGGGGAGUUUGGGAGCAUAUCUCGGAAAGGGUUUGAUGUGAAGUUUGGUUAUGGAUUGAGGUCAAGGUCUCACCGGGUAGUUCAGGAUAUUUCUAUGACUUCAACUGAUGCUUUGAAGCAGAGUUGUUGGGCCAAUAUGCCACCGGAGCUCUUGAGGGACGUGUUGAUGCGGAUUGAGGAGUCCGAGUGUACAUGGCCCACAAGAAAGAAUGUGGUUGCUUGUGCUGGUGUUUGUAGGAGCUGGAGAGAAAUCAUGAAGGAAAUUGUCAAAACCCUGGAAGUCUCUAGCAAGUUAACUUUCCCCAUUUCCCUGAAGCAGCCUGGUCCAAGAAACACCCUAGUUCAGUGUUUCAUAAAAAGGGAACGUAGUAACCAAACAUAUCGCCUUUAUCUCAAUUUGAAUCAAGCUUCUAAUGAUGAUGGGAAAUUCCUACUUGUUGCUCGAAGAUGUAGGCGACCAACAUACACAGAUUACAUAAUAUCUCUAAAUGCUGAUAAUGUGUCAAAGGGAAGCAGCACAUACAUUGGGAAGUUGAGAUCUAAUUUUCUGGGAACCAAGUUCAUAAUCUACGACUCACAGCCACCAAAUGCCGGAGCCAGAGUCGCUAAAUCUCGUUCCACAAGGUUGAUUCAAAUGAGACAGGUCUCUCCCAGGGUCCCUGCUGGCAACUAUCCUGUGGCGCACAUUUCGUAUGAGUUGAACGUCUUGGGUUCAAGGGGUCCGAGGCGGAUGCAGUGUGUCAUGGAUGCUAUACCUGCUUCUGCUGUUGAUCCUGGAGGAAUGGAUCUGGUGGACAAGAGCUCGAGAAUGUUAUUCUCCAAUUCGGGAAAGUGGGAAAGGAUGUGUUCACCAUGGACUAUCAGUAUCCAAUAUCUGCUUUCCAGGCGUUUGCCAUUUGUCUCAGCAGCUUUGAUACCAAAAUUGCCUGCGAAUGACUUCAGGGCCAGCUUGGGAGGCAAUAUGAGCUACGUGAAUAUGAUAUCGGCAAAUUUCAAUAGCUGCCUUUUUUUUCUUUAUUAA